UUACAUCUCAUGCUUGUUGUGCAUUGGCGAUGGCUGUGGGGUUGAGCACUCAAUCAAACGCAUUUGACUUAAUAACGUAGUCGUUUGACGUUAACCCGGUUAUGUUAUCUUACUCUUUCCAUGUUAAGUAAUGUAUUGUCAAUUAGGAACACUAUUUCCAUAACGGCUGUAGUAGUAUUAAAUGUAAAAGCUAGUUGUCUCUACGUGAUACCAGAACCAUUGAACUACAGCAUACAAUGUACUAUCCAACCAGAGCUGGAAUAAUGUUAUUAAAUGUGAAUUAUUUCAAAUAAAACCCUUUGAAAUUGUUACACGCAAUAUUGCAGCAGUUUGUGUACUAACCUGUUAUACUUUUCUCUGUCAGAUGGCAGAGGGCGACAAGAAAGCUCCCAGGAAGAAGCACGGGAGCCGGAACCCGGUUCUGGCCCGGGGUAUCGGCCGUUACUCCCGGUCAGUUAUGUACGCCCGCAGGGCCAUGUACAAGAGGAAGUCAAAGAUCACUGAGACCAAGAUGGAGAAAAAGGUUAGGACGAAGCCUCAGGCGACUGUUGUCAAGACAGUUGGAGGAGACAAGAAUGGAGGCACUCGUGUGGUCAAACUGCGCAAGAUGCCUCGCUACUACCCCACAGAGGAUGUCCCCCGUAAACUGAAGAGCCACGGAAAGAAACCCUUCUGCCAGCACAAGAGGAAGCUGCGCAGCUCCAUCACCCCAGGAACGGUCCUCAUUCUGCUCACUGGGCGCCACCGUGGAAAGCGCGUGGUGUUCCUGAAGCAGCUCUCAAGUGGUCUCCUGCUUGUCACUGGCCCUCUUGCUUUGAACAGAGUACCCCUGCGUAGGGCUCACCAGAAGUUUUCCAUUGCUACCAACACCAAAAUCGACAUCUCUGGCAUGAAGAUCUCCAAAACUCUGAACGACGCCUACUUCAAGAAGAAGAAGCUGAGGAGACCCCGUCACCAGGAGGGGGAGAUCUUUGAUACAGAGAAGGAGAAGUACCAGCUGACAGAGCAGAGGAAGGAGGACCAGAAGGCUGUUGACGCUCAGCUCCUGCCCCUCAUCAAGAAAGUACCUCAACUCAAAGGGUACCUGCGCUCUUCCUUCUGCCUGUCUAAUGGUGUCUUCCCACACAAGUUGGUUUUCUAAAUGUUGUAAUAAAGAGUACCACCAUAUAA